UUCCUGCUGAAAAUCAUGGCAAAUUUCACGUCUUCUGAGACACCUUUUCCACCUUCUUCCACUCACACCGACUCUACAGACGCCUGAGGCCGCGUGGGAGCCGUAUAGACGCCGUGUUCUGCGAUGUCCGUAGCGACAAGGGUUAGCGCGUAGGACUAGCCGUUGAGAGCAGAAACCAAUUACGAUGGCAGCAUCCAACUUCAACCCCCGUGACAUGGGACAGUGGUACUUUGGGCCUAUUCCCCGUGUUCCCACACAGGACUUACUGCAGGGGAAGAUGCACGGGACGUUCCUGGUACGCGACAGUUCCAGCUGUCCCGGGGACUUCGUGCUCUCUGUCAGUGAAAACAGCAAAGUCAGCCACUAUAUCAUCAACAGACUGCAGAAGGGCUUCCGGAUUGGUGACCAGGAUUUCGAUGACCUGCCGGCUUUGAUCGAGUUCUACAAGAUACACUACCUUGACACGACCACGUUGAUUGUUCCAGCGCAGCGGCCGGCUGGAGGACCGCCAGAACCCCAGGCCCAGGCUCUAGCUCCCGCACAUACUCCCAGUGUAAUGGAGGAACGCGUUCGAGCGCUCUACGAUUUUGACGGAAACGAUCCAGAGGACUUGCCCUUCAAGAAAAACGAAAUACUGGUUGUCGUUAGAAAGGAUGAAGACCAGUGGUGGACUGUACGCAACAAGGACGGCAGAGAGGGUUCGAUUCCCGUUCCGUACGUCCAGGUACUCCCACCUGGUUCAACCACUACAGGCGCUGCCCCAUCUCAUCCCCAGCAGCCCCACUCCCCGCCCGGCUACCAUGACCCACAGGCAGCUGGCAUAAGAAGUGAAUCAGGAUCGUCUUCUACAGCAUCUGCCACAUCAGCCUCCACACCCCACCCCCUGCCCAACCCACAGAAUGGCCCAGUGUACGCGCGCGUCAUACAACAGAAAAUCCCCAGUCCUUACGACACAACGGCAUUGACGCUGGAAGUAGGCGACAUAAUCCGAGUAACCAAGAUCAAUGCCAGCGGGCAAUGGGAGGGAGAACUCAAGGGGAAAACGGGACAUUUCCCCUUCAAUCACGUUAAGAUUAUCGACCCUAGUAAUCCUGAGGAAAAUGAUUCAUCUUGGAGCUAAGCAGCACUGGUAAUAGAUUAAAAUAUACAUAGAAAAGGCAAAAACAAACAAAGAAGAAACUUGGAGGCUAACAUGAUGUUAAAACGUUCCAUGCAAAAAAAAAGUGACAGGUAAAAAGUUGGACUAACAAACUGCCAAGCGAAGAAAGGUGGAGGGUAGGAUUUUAUUUUUUGUGUACAUGUACUAAUUGGUUCUGUGAAAAGAAAAAAAGGUAAGAUACUGUGCAGAAUUGAAUGAGAAUAGCUUAGUCGUAAAUGUAGUUAGGAGGGUUAAUUGGGAGAAAGUAGAGACAGAUGUUUUAGAAUGUAGUUGAGACUUGAGAAGCCAGUGCAGCAAAGUUCAGUGGUUCAUUGUGCAGAUCUACAACUAUCACAUAGUCAAAGCUGCCUUGCCACAGCAGGUUUUACUACAAGGCAACAUAACUACAUGUACACUGUUCUACUGGUACACAAGGUUCCCUUUCUUUUGGAAGGAAAUCUUGGCAAUUGUUAGAAAUAUACACUAUUUUCAAUGGUGGUUAAUUACCCAGAUACAUGUACCUGCGAUGGGUGGUAAACAUCUCAGUUAUAAAUCCUCUACAAUCUACAGUGAGAUAGCCACAUGAUAAAAUAUUGGAAAUGCACUGGCAGAGCCCAUGUUAAAAACUUUUUUUAGGUCUGUGUUUUAUAUGCAUAUCUUGCUUUUUUGAAAAUUUUGCAUUUUCUUCUACCUUACUAUCUGAGAUGGAUGGCAUAUGCUGAAUGAAUGGGAUCUUAUUUUGACCUAAAUGUAUGGAAAAAAAUUUAAUGCAGUGGACUUGAAAACCAGGAAUGUUGAUGAAGUGGAAUUUUGGCAAGAUAAACUUACCAUGGGAUCUGCACUUGACUUUUGUGACAUAGGUGAAAACAGUUUUUGCUCUUGUCCUGCCAUUGGGAUUAUGUAUUGUAAUAAAUUUACAAGCGGUAUCAUAUCAUGCAUUAGUUCCUGAUGGUUUACGUUUUGUUGUGGUACAGAUAUACCACAAAUUGUAUAAGGUCAUCUUUUGUAAGUUGAGAACAAAUUUUGUUUUCUGCAUUUCACUUUCUGCAAAAGUUAUUUUUGAUCAUACUUUCCAAAAGCUCCCUGCUGAAAGAUGAGUAGAAAUUAUGUACAUUUAUGUUUUGAUAAUGUUGUGUCCAUACUUCUGUAUUGAUAUAUUAUGUUAAAUAAUAUUGUUGACUUGAUUGUAAGAAAGUGUUAGCAAUAUUAUAUGAUAUCUAAAAUUUGCAUUAUACUUGUGUUACUGAUAUGAACAAAAGCCUCCUGGCACUUGUAUUAUAGCCAGCUCCUAUGUAGACUAGCUAACUCAUAUUUGUUUUACGUACACCUGAAAUUUCCUUUAAAUCACCAGGUACAGGUCUCAGUAGAUGGUAGAGUAUUGUGCUGUCAUUUUGCAUAUGUGAUAACAUGUAUAUCUGAGACAGAUAUAAAGUAACUAUUGAGUAUAUUGGUAAAAAAAUAAUGUACUUUUUGUAAUUUCUAUUGAAUUUUGUUUCACAGUUUUGAAAAGAACAGCUUUUGUCACAAUGGUCCUAAUAGGUAGCAUAUUAUUUCUCAAUGCAAUUCAAACAUAACAUUGUGAAAGCAUUCACUGAACACAGCCUGCCUCAAACGGUGUAUUUUGUAAAGCCUAAAGACUAGUUGGAUUUUGUCAUGUCAUGCUGUAAUACAACUCCAGAACAGUUGCUUACCACUCAACACCAGUCGCUUCAAAGUAGGACUGACAGUGCAAAAUUUGAAGUUGCAAUUUUUACAUCCAACAUAAACAUGGCUAUGGCAGAAACAAAGGUACCAUUACGCAAGUGAAGGCAUGCUCUUUGAAUUGAUGUGCAUCUCUGGAUUUAAAAAAAAAUUCUGAAAAUAAUUCCCAAGCUCCUCAACAUCACCAAGUUUUUUUUAUUUCAAUUGGAAGUGGCCAGUGUUAUACCAUUGUAAGGUUGAAGAUUAUGUCUUCACUACUAUUUAUACACUCCAGAGGUAAAAAAAAGAAGAUUGUUAGAAAAGCAUAAUAUGAGGCAUGAUUGGCAGAAAAUUAUGAUGGCACUGAGAUGGCUGUCUUGGCCUUCCACACUUCAUUUUGGCUAGCCAUGCAAUGAAUGAUUGCAUGGUGACGGUACCAGGUGACUGGGCACCAGGGAUUUUCAAAGUCUUUGGCAAGUUUACGAGUUGAAUAGAAUUUGGUCUGAAAGAAGUUUGACUACAAGGUGGCCAGGCCAUGUCCCUUUUACAUGAGAACGCUGCAUGGUAUCUUUCCUGCGUCUUAAAUCAUGUACAUUACAUGUUUGUGCAUUUUGCCUAGUUCAAGAAUUGCACGGUGCUACAGUGUGAGCUGGCAGUGUAUAAUGUCAAGUGUACUAGUCAUUGUUAUUCAUUAUGGCUCUGUGGUCUUACACUGCUAUAGUUGUUAAUUAUACACUGCUGUCAUGUCACUGGUCACUAUCAGUAAGGACAGACAUUGUUCUUUAGGAAAUGUAAUCACCUGCUUCAGCUUGCUACUGCAUAUGUAAGGCUUGACAUGUCAGUACGUGUAGGUCCAUCACCAUUUUGUGGAUAAACAUAUUGACUUUGGUGUUAUUGUGUACAAAACUAGUAUUCUUCUUCAUUGAUACAAGAUACUGGACUCAAAUCACACUGAAAUAUGCUCCAACCACAGUAAAUAAUUUGCAAUGUGAUACAGUUUUUAAAGUGACAUUGCAGAAUGCUAAAACUAUUAGAAUGUUCAACUCUUGCUUGUAUCAGAUUACUACCAAUUAUGGCAGAUACUGUAAUGGCAAUCACCUUUUACUUAAGUUUUAAUAUGAUACAUGUAAUAUCAUGGGUCAUGACAUCUCUUACACUGAGAAACAAAAGUAAGCACUGUCGUCAUGAUGUUCCAGGCACAGAAUGCAAAACAUUUAGUGCUCAUCUCAUCAAAAGAUUCCUUAACAUUUUGUGGAAUGUUGUUCAAUACUUGAUGAUAUACCAGUUGUUUCACAGUAAUGCUGUAAUGCGCAGAGCUUGUCUGUAUGUAGACAUGAUUACAUACUCGUAGAUAUGACAGUUGCAACAGUACUAAGGUAUUCAAAGACUUCAUCUGUGAUAGUAAAAAGCCGUAGUGUUACAAGGUAAUACACACAAAGUUUACAAUGUUACAUUUGAAGUUCUUGAUGCAUUAAAGGUUUAGGAUUUCCUUUUAUGUGUCUAAUAUGUGAUAGCUCAAUAUCAUCCUUUUCUGUACUGUGGUCACUACAGUAUGUACCUAUCCUGUGAAUAGAUGUCUGUUUCUUCACUCUGCUUAUCUCAACGAGGUGAAUGUAUCACAUAUUCGUUACCCACCAUGUUAAUGAGCAAAACCAAUAAAGGCUUUUGCAUGAACUGC